AUGCAAGCCGCCAUUCGCCAGCUUGUCGGACGGAUCGCUGAGGGGGCCUCGACUGGCCUCGUCGUGUGGGCUGGGCGGCCGACUUGCCCGGCGUGUGAGUGCUCGCCAGUCUUGAAGUGUCCGCCGCUGACCUGCACGACCGGUGACGUUGCCCACAUCUCGCCAGUGACGCCGCUCACGGUUGCGGUCAUCUGCGCCUGCAUCGCCCUGCUUGCCUUCUUCGCGGGCCGGCUGACGCGCUUGGGAGCUAAGACCGUGCGGUACGCCGACGACCUGGACGCCACUGCUCGGGUGGGCGACUUCUGUGUUGUGCGCUACAACGUUCCAGGUGGGGCCCUGUACCACGAGCGGCUGGUCCACUACCUGCCGCUGGGUGCCGGGCUGACCGUGUCCAUCACCACGCCCGACGGCGACGAGUACGAGGAGGUGUGGGGCCUGCCCGACAUCAUCGAGUGGGAGCCGCUGCCGAAUCGGCAGCCAGGUGGCGUGCUGAUGGGUCGGCCAGGAGCGCGAUACUAUCGGUUCAGAGCUGGUGCGAUGCCGACUGCUGCGAGCCUCACGGCGUCCGCUGCGGCUGCUGCUGGACGCCUGGGCCAGCCUGCGCCGGGCGGGCCCUUGGUGCCGGCCCUCGGCGGGCGCCUCGUCGGGCCGCCGGCGGGGGGUGCCGCGCCCGGCGCGCUCGAAGCCGGGGGCGCCGCUGCCCCGCUUGGCGGAGCACCGGGCGCGCCGGCGGCGGCCGCUGCAGCUGCGCCGGGCGGAGUGGCCCCGGCGGCGGGGCUCGGCGGCCUGGUGGCGGCGCUCGGCGGCCCAGCGGCAGGCGCGCCCGCGGGUGCUGCGGGCGCUGGCGGCCACGUCCAGGACGCGAGGGUGCUCCCGGUGGUGUGCGACGCCAUGGGCAACCGUCGGCGGGAGUUCCGCGAGGCGGUGCUGGCCUGCCGGGAGGACCAGUGGGCGGGGUGGCCCGUGCGCGGACCUCGCACCGCGCUCUGGGUCCUGCGGUACAUCAUCGAGCACGGCGGGACGCCGACCGGGAUGCACUCUCGGUGGCGCAGUGAGGCCCGCCUCCAGGAGCACGAGCCGGGGGUGCAGGAGCAUGAGCGCUCGUGCCAGGCGCUGGAGGAGCUCAUCUGCUACGACCAGUGUAAUGGUGCGAAUCUGGCGGCCGUGGAGCUGCUGGUGCGGAACAUCCAGGUGCAGCAGGGGAGGUACCGCGACAGGAGCGCUGGCGGCUCAGGAGGCGGCGGCCCAGACAGCGUCGACACGCACCUGUGCAUGGGCAGCGAGCUGCGGCGUGGGAAGGCUGCCAAGCACAUCCUCGAUUGGGGCGACGACUGCAUCGACGCCCUGAACGACUUGUACGGCCACCAGGAUCGGCCGGCGGCCCCCGCCAACGCUGGUCAGCGACACGCAGUGGAGCAUGUCGAGUCGCGAGUGCGCGCGCUGGGCAAGCCCCCACCAGAGGCAGGCUUCCGCGAGGGAGCCCUCCGUGAGCUCCUCGCGGGGACGGGGAUCUACCAGACGGGUGAUCUCUCCUCCCGACGGCCGUAUGUCAAGGAGUCCAUUUCCUGGCCCUCGCCCGACGUGCAGCCCGCCCCGCUGUGCGCUUGCCUGGGUGAGGCCGAGUCUGAGUGGCUGGGCCGCUGGCAAAGCACCUUGUUCAGGCCAGAUCAACCUACAUCCGCAGAACGUGCUGAGUUCUGCCCGCGCGGACCUUUUUUUGAUCCCAGUCUCUUCAGUAAGCCUCUGCUUUGCGCCGAUUUUGUCGCCAAGUUGCUGGCCCGCGGCAUGGUGGAGCUGAGGGGGGACUGUGACGCGGCCACCGUGGGCUGCUUCUUCGUCGCGAAGAAGAACAACAAGUUGAGAGUGAUAUUUGAUACGAGGUAUGCAAAUUUAUUUUUCGGGCGACCAGCUCGGACCGCUUUGCCGACGGCUACGGCGCUUGCGGCUUUCGAGAACCCAGGGCACGACACCUACCUUGCCUCGGGCGACAUCGAUAAUGCCUUUUACAGGUUGCGGCUGCCCGACGGCCUGUCGUCCUACUUCAGGCUGCCUGCCCUGGACGCCAGCCUGCUCGGGAUCACGCGCCUGGGCGGGGCGCGGCUCGCGCGAGGGGCGCGGGUGCAGCCUUGCGUCUGCGUGCUGCCGAUGGGUUGGAGCCACGCGCUGGCCCUCUGUCAGGGCGUGCUGCGGCGGGCCCUGGACUCCGCGGGGUUCACAGAGGGCCAGUGCAUCGAGGACGGGAAGGCCGGGGUCGUGGUCGACGAGGAGGGCGCCCUGGCGGUCGCCGGCUACGUCGACAACUACGCUGCCCUGGGUCGCUCACCGGCCAUCGUCGACCGGGCCGCCCUCGCCGUCACGCGCGUGCUGGCGGAUAAGGGGCUGCUCACGCACGAUGAGGAGCCGGCCGCCCGCGAUGCCACCUUCGUAGGCUUAGAGCUGAAGAGAGGCCCGACUGUGGAGAUCAGUGCGGCGCGAGCUCUGGCGAGCUCGCUGUAUCUUACCGUUGCUCCUGUGGACUCCAUCAAUGACCCCGACAAGGCCCUUGAGAACCUGCUGGUCGACAACCCCGUGGUCUUCGACGAGGCCGCCGUCGAGCGGGCGAGGAACGCCCAGCAGGUGGCCGCCUCCACGGUGCAGACCUUCGGCCUCUCGGUCCUCGAGUCCGCAGCGAUCCGCCCGAACACGCAGAGGCAGUGCCAGGACCGCCUGGCGACGCUGGUCCUCUUCUGCCGGACGUGCCACCUGGACUGGGACAGCUGGGAGACGCUGGACAAUGCGGUCACCGCGCUGCUGAACCAUCAGUUCCUGGACGGCAAGUGCUCGGACCUGGGGACGCAGCUGAUCGCGGCGCUGGCGCGCGUCUACCCGAGGCACCUGGUCGCCCCGGUGUCGGCGGCAGGCGCGAGCUACGCGAGCUGGGGGCUGCUUCUCCGCGACUUCGAGCUCGGCCAGCCGUCCAAGACCGGCACCUCGGACGACGCGGUGCUCGUCGACCAGGCCGCGCGCCUGCUGCGGGAGCUGCAGGAGGUCCACAGCGACAUCUUCGGCUUCGGGAACUUUGUGAUGACUCACUUCACGGGACUCGUCGAGCACGGGCUGACUGGCCCGCUUUUCGACCAGGUCCCGGCGAGCGUGAGCGUGACUCACCUGGUCCACGGCGGGGACGUGGGCGCCCACCUCGGCAAGAGGUUCGCUGCGAGCCUGGGCCGGGCAGUGCGCUUGCGGUCGCUGCUGUUCCUCGAGCUCUUCGGGGGCUGUGGCCGCGUCGCGGCCAGCGCGCAGGCCAUGGGCUAUGCCGCGCUCAGCCUGGACAUCAACGGCUCACCUCUUGAGAACCAUCUCACCCCGACCUUCCUCAACAGGAUCCUGGGCUGGAUCGCAAGCGGGGCCAUCGCCGGGAUCUGGCUCAGUGCGCCCUGCAGCGCCUGGCAUUUGCAGCAGGACUCUCCGGCCCCGCCUCGAGCUCAGUGGGCGGGCGCCAGGCCCCGGAGCCACCGCGUGCUCCGUGGGCACCUCGGCGCCGAGCUGCACGGCCCCCGGGCCUGGCGCCGGGAGCAGGCCGAGCGGGCCAGAGGUCCUUUGCGCCACCGGCUAGCCCUGCUGCUCGAGCACGCAGCCGAGCUGGCUGCCGCCACCGUCGAGGCCGAGGGCCAGCUCCGCGCGCUGCUCACGGGCGGCGAGGAGCUCUCCCAGGGCUCGGUGCGAGAGGCGUCCGCGCGCCUCCCGGAGACCAGCUCGCUGCGCGUGCUGGCGGACGCCGUGUGCGAGGCGAUGGACGCCCGGGCCGUGGUCGCCGCGUCGGCCGAGGAGGCCGCGGCUGGGGCCGAGGGCGCGGGCGACCCGCGGCUGCAGGAAGCCCAGACCUCCGCCACGAGCCCGUCUCUCAACCAGCUGAUCGAAGAGUACAAGCAGAACAACGGCAUCUUGGACUACGAGGUCGUCCACGACGGCGUCCACGUUUUUCACGCCGAGUGGGACGCCGAAGGCGUGUAUUUCUACCAGGCCUUCUCCGACGAGAUCGCCGACUAUGCCCUGCAGCACCAGCGGUUCGGCGGACCUAUGUUCAACCCCACGCGCAUGACGUGGAUCAAGCCGAGCUUCGCGUGGGUGCUGUACCGCAGCGGGUACGGUUGGAAGGACAAGAAGCAGAGCCGAGUCUUGAAGACCAAGUUGUCGCACUCGGCCGUCGCAAAGCUCCUGACCUGGUGCCAGUGCAAGCACGCGGGUGGGGGAAGCAAGGGGCGCGUGCAGUGGGACCCAGAGCGUGACCUGUUCUCUGGGAACGGUGCGCACGGUCGCCACGAGCCGAGGAAGAUGCUCAGGCUGCGCAGUAUUCAGAUCGGUCUGUCGCGGGACUUGUCGCAAUUCUACGUGGACAGCACGAUCUCCAUUCAGGACGUCACAGAAUUGGCGAACAGAGUGGGCGAGGCGCACGCAACCAAAGUUCACAAGACUACAAGCAGCCUGGAGUUGAUGGAAGCAUUGCUGCCUUCGCUGCCGGUCGAGCGACCCUACCUGCCUCGUUGCUUGGACAAGACGCUCGUCAGACUAAUGAUGGCUUGGCCCGACGACCCAGAGGAGAAGGCCGCCCUGAUCCAUGCGCCCUCCGCAGGCUCGCUGGCGCGCGCCUGCGGCGCCCGCGGAGCCGCGCUCUCCACGCGCGGGGAGCGCAUUCGCCGCUUGUGA